AAACGUAUGAAAGGCGUUUAUAUAUGAAGUGUUUGACAGUGACCGAGAGAAUGGCAGCACAAUGAUCCUUGGCGUGGUGAAACAGGUAGCCUGUAGCACACACAGUGACUCCACAGAUAAGUCAGUGAAAUUGGACGCAUGGCCCACAGGGGAGCAUAAAGAUAGCGGCAUUACAGGUCAAUAAAACGAAAUUAAAAACGACAAAAAUAGCUAGAAUUUCAAGUGUAAUGUUUUAUGAACGUGUGCCGAUAAAAUACAGCAACAUUUCAUGAUACUGUGGUGUGAAAAAAGUAUCUUGCAGUGUGGCGCCGUCAUGUGGCAGCUCAAAAUAUCAUUAGGACCGCAAAGGUUUCAACAUGGCUCCUUAGCAACCAGACGCUCCUGAUGCCAAACAUUGCUGAAGUCAGAUGGGUCACAGGGUUAGUGUUUGAGCUGAUGCAUUUCGACGUGGAAAGUAGUGUUAAUACCGAGGUAUUUAUAACUGAGUUAUGAUACAGCGUGAGAAACAAAAGUGCCGUGGUGAUGAGGAGGUGGUCAAAGAGCUGUGCAUGGCCAAUGGAGUGUCCUAUGAAAAAAUUGCACAAGAAGGAAGUAACAUCAGCUGCCUGGAGAUCUUCUUCUCUGGUUUUCCCCGUAUGGUUGGGCUUUCCUUCUUCCCAAGGCUUUGCCAGAUUACCAUAGUGGGCCAGAACAUAAAACACAUUGAAGGAUUGGAGGGCUGUCCUCUGCUUCGGGAGCUCUGGGUAGUCCAGUGCAAUUUGACAGGAAUAUCUGGAUUACAGAAUUGUCUACAACUAGAGAAACUCUACCUUUAUGAUAAUCAAAUCUGUGAAAUAAAGAAUUUAGAAUUGCAGAUCAACCUAGAAGUCUUGUGGCUCAACAAUAACUGCAUAACUCAGAUACAGGGCUUGAACACACUUCAUAACCUCAAAGAGCUAAACCUUGCUGACAACAAUAUUGAAAAGAUUGGGCAUUGCCUUGAUCCUAAUGUCAGCCUUCAGAGUCUUAAUCUAUCCGGGAACAAGAUCAGCUCCUUUAAGGAGUUGACCCUUCUUGAAUGCAUACCCCAUCUGAGAGAACUAGCACUGAAAGACCCAACGUCAACGCCAAACCCAGUGUGUCUGCUGUGUAACUAUGCUACACACGUUCUUUACCACAUGCCAGGCCUCCAGCGACUUGACACCUAUGACGUCUCAAGCAAGCAAGUCAAGGAAGCAGCUGAGUCCACAGUAAUGAAGAAAAUGAUGUACUACAACAUGCGUGUACGUAGUGCUCAGAGGAACCUGGCAGAGAUCCAGCUCAGUCUGAUAGAGAGGAAGAAAACUAUGCUACAGUUACCUGAAGAAUGCAUCAGAACUCUCAAUCACACCUUCAAGAAUCUUGAACGUGAGCUUUCCAAGGUGCCAGCUAGUUGUAAGAAGUCUUCCUGUACUUUGGACGAUGGAUCGACCCACCUGGUUGAAGGGUCAGCCGUCAGAAGAGACCCAACCGCUGACAUCAGUCGUGAUCUAGCCAUGGAGCGCAAAAUACUCAGCAAGAUUGAAGCACUGAGGGAGAGGCUGGGGCUAUGGAUGAGGAGGCUGGAUGAGAUUGAAGCCUGGUAUGAGUGUGAUUUGGCCCAAGCCACAAACAUGAUGGAAUAUACUGUCCAGUUCCUGUUGAUGGAGCUAGAAAGUGUUGGAAAUAUUCGUUUGGAAGAGGGUUUCUCCACAGACCCUUGGUUUACUUCCUGUUGCGACCUCCUGCUUUCCAGAUUCUCUCAUUCAGACUUUAAGGUUUACAGUAUUACUGGCAUUAAGAUCAAUAGAGUUAUUCGCAUCCACAACAGGGCUUUGAGGCUUCGGUUUGAGGACAAACUUCACACCCUUCUAGCCAACGAAGAGUCUGGUGUCUGUUCACACAGGAAUUACAGACGUCGGCUGGAGCACUUGUUCUACAUAGCUGACUCUGAAAAAAACAGUGAGAAGGAAGACAUUUUGUGCAUCGUAGAGGAAGGCUUCAAAACAGCCCAACAAUAUAAGGCCUUGGACAGAGAGUGUGCUAUACCUUUAUCCAAUAGCCUGAGUGUAACCGAACAGCCCAGAAUAGAACAUGCUCUGCGUCAGGCCAGCCAAGGCGAAUCCAAGCACAGUAGAGAUACGAUACCCUUCAGGCAUGGUCAGAUUAUUGUUUCCAAAGUAUUCGUGGGCAACAGCAUGCCUAUCCGAGAGGGCGAACCAGUGGACAGAAGCAUCUAUCCCAGAGCCCACUCUGUGUAUCGCAAUGUGGACACUAAGCACAGAACUAAAAUAAGUGAAGAGAGACCCCGCUCCCCCAAAACUCACACUGGUCCCGAGUGCAGUUCCCUACGAAGACAGUGGUUUGUGUUUGACCAUGAGCUUGUCCUGCCUGAGUACAUCAUAUAUUUUGAAUACAUCACUGGGGGUCAAGAACAUCCUGCAUUGCUGGGCCAGAACACAGUCAAAGAUGAUACUCCCUCCAAUGAUAUCAACCUGGACAAGGAAGUCCUCGAUAUGGAACCUGUGCUGAAACCACAGCCCAAGUUGUUGAGCCUGGAUGACAAAAUUCUGCUCAAUGUGGCCAGAGCCAACAUUCUCAGUCAGAUUACUGUGCUGAACCUUCAUGGCAACAGUCUGAGUAAAAUAAAGGAGAUUUCCAGCCUCACAGCUCUGCGGCAUCUUACUAUCAGCUUCAAUGAGUUCACACGCCUGGAUGACCUUUCUCACAUGCCCCACCUUGAGUUUUUGGAUGCUAGCUAUAACCGCCUAGUGACCCUAGAAGGGCUGAGGGGGUUGGGACAGCUCAAACAGCUCGAUGUGCGCUGGAACAACUUGACCAAGGCCAGAGAGGAUACGGCUGUGCUGAGAAAACACACACCUGCUCUGCUAAAGCUUGACACCCGAUACAACCCCUGGAACAGGCCUGAAGCAGUCAAAAUGACAAUACUGGGUCGUCUAACAACCCUCACACACCUGGACGAUAUGAUGGUAGCAGAAGAGGAGGCUGCUGAUGCUGUUCAGAUGGCUGCCAGAUCCAAAAUUAACCAGGCAUCUCUUCUGGCUCACUCGCGUUAUAACAGUGACCGUCCCCGCCGUCUCAGCCUGCUUUCAACAGCCCAGCUCCUAUGUCUUCUCAGUCCUGCACAAUGGGGCCUUAAUCUAGAGCUUGACUGGACUGCAAAGAUCACCGCUCUGAACCUUGACAGCCAGAGGAUUUCCAAACUGAUCAAUCUGAAUAAGCUGGUCAACCUUCGCUGGGCCUCCUUUAAUGAUAAUGACAUUUCUAAAGUGGAGGGUCUUGACAGCUGUUUGAAACUGGAAGAACUUUCCCUCAACAACAACAGCAUCAGCACACUCAGUGGCCUACCAAAACUGCAUUGCCUGAACAAACUGAGUGUAGAUGGGAAUCAGCUGUCUAGUCUGGAUGCCUCAGUCCUCGAUCAGCUGCCCAACCUGUCCUUUUUGUCUGUGGAGAAAAACUGUAUCAGUUCCCUGCAUGGCAUCCAGAGAGUUCGCUCCCUUCUUGAGUUCUACAUCGGCAAUAACCACAUUUCUACAUCACAAGACAUCUACUAUCUGAAGGGAUUGACAAACCUCAUCAUUCUGGAUCUUUAUGGGAAUCCUUUAUUGGAGAAACUGGAAAACUAUCGGAUUUAUGUUGUGUUCCACCUCCCCUCCCUAAAAGCUCUGGAUGGCAUUGCAGUGGAGGUAACUGAGUGUGAAAGUGCGAAAGAUAUGUUUGGAGGAAGACUAACCCCUGACAUGGUGGCAGAGAAGCUGGGCCACUCAAACUACACAGACAUCACCUAUCUCACCAUGCAGUCCUUGUCCAUUAGGAUGGUUGAUCUGUCUCCAGCAGACCUGUUCUGUAGCCUACGCAGUGUCAACUUAGACCACAACAACCUCACUUCGUUCACGGGCCUCAUCUAUCUGCCCAACAUAAAAGCUCUGUGUCUGAACUACAACCACAUUGAGUCCAUCCUGCCCAGACAGAAGACUCAGGCUCAUCUGACAAACAGACAGAUACUGUACAGCAAAGUUCACUCCAGUGGUUACGGCCAACAGACCCCAUACAAAGGCAAAGGGGAAACUGGGCCCACUGGCAGUCUGGAGCCACUGAUGGGCAGCCUGGAGGUGCUGCAUUUGAGUCACAAUGGCAUCUCCAAUAUGGCCAAUCUGCAGCUCAGCAGGCUCACCAAUCUUAAAGCACUCUUCCUUCAAGGUAAUGAUAUCAGCCUGGUGGAAGGACUGGAGGGGCUUCACCAGCUCAGAGAGCUUGUGCUAGACAGGAACCGGAUCAAAGCUCUGGCCGAAAACUCUUUCAUAGCCCAGAAGGUCCUGCUAGAACUGCACCUAGCAGAGAACCGGAUCCGGGAGCUCAACCAUCUAGAUCCUUUGACUGAACUCCACAAGCUCUUUCUUGGCAUGAACAAGCUGCAGGACAUCGCAGAGCUUGACAAACUAGAAGUUCUUCCUUCGCUGACAGAGCUUUCUGUUGUUGGCAAUCCUGUGGCCAGACAUUCUCUCCACAGACCAGCAGUAGUGCUUCGUCUGUCCCGGCUGCAGGUCCUGGAUGGAGUGAUGGUCACCCUUGAAGAAAGGACCAGGGCUGAACUCCUCAGUGCUGAUCCCUCACCAUGCUCCCAAUGCCCUGGAGCUUCUUUUCCUACCACUGAAAUAAACAUACCUGGACUGCUACCCCUCAUGCCUCGAAACAACCCUCUAAGAGGAAUGAGUAUAAGUGGAGGACUGCAGAACUUUAUCCAUGGGCACGAUAUCCUGCAGGGUAACAUGGAUGAGGUCCAAUCUCAUUACACAUACAAGCAAAAGAAGCCCAAACACGGUAAUGGUUCUCGAGGCGGCCAAACUGACAUUACAUUUAGACACAUUCGUAGAACAGGAAGCAACCUGGGAACCACAGGUCUCCUUCCUGAUGGGAACAGAGUCAUCGUCAUAAAUCCCAACCAGGAGCAAGACAGCAGGUUUCCAAAUGGUGGCAAACCCCCACCCAUGUAGCAGCCAGAAGAGGUGGAGCAUACACUGAUACUGGUGAAUCAAUACAAGAUCCAGAGGUGAACACAUGCGACAACCAUGACUGUGGUGUGGUCAUACAUCAUAGUACUUUAGGACAUAUUUUGAAAGUGUUUUUUGUAAGUGGGCCUUGAUGUAUAUGGGCGUCUGUAUACGUCUGUAAAUUUAGAUUUUUGACAUAGCAAGAAAUAACUUUCUGUUGCUGUUUACAUAUCAAUAAAUCAACUUUGCAUCUCUUUGAAUUUUAGUGUAAACUAAAACAUGUUUGGGGGUUAAAGAAAAUUAGGCUACUUGAAGGUUGUAUGUAGUGUGUCCCUUUCAAAUGCAUUUAUAAUGACUGUGACCUUAUUUUCUAUCCACAUAUGUGGAUCACUAACCAUGGUAAUCUGAGGAUGAGAGGUUUUGGUGUCAUUUCUACUGCUAUCCCAUCCUUGGCCUCAAACAAGUGAAAAAACACCCACAGAUGUAAUGGCGUGUGAGGGUGGCAUGCUGUGUCUAUUGGGUCAAAUGCAUCCCCAACAAGUGGAUAAUCCAGCUUUAGCACACCUCUCUGUGGACAAUAAUCUGCAGUCACUCAGAUAAAGAUGUAAUCUUGAAUGAGGUCCAAAUGGAUUUCAGAGAUUGUCAGUUUCAUCACGUUAGCCUCUUUUCAAAAACCCCACUGCAGUUUCAACUAAUAGGCAAAUCUUGUGUGUUGUAACUGAAAAUGAACCUACUCCACUUGAUAUUUGUGAUGUUAGUUCUGCUGAACAUGAAAUUAUAAUCCUUCCUGUCUUCCUGGCAGUUUAGUCUAGUAGUCCUGCGGUUAACAAAAACACCAGUGUGAGCCUCAAAUGUGGAGGGUACAGCCUGUAGUAUGUGAUCUAAACCCUUUUUUAUUCUGGCAUCUCUAAACUGAUUAUUGUGAGAUGAAAACCUACAUGUGAAAAGAUUUAAAUAUGACACAUAUUCCUAUCCAUCAUCCUAGGCUUAAAUAGCUAGAAAGAAAGUCAUUUUCACUGUCAUUGUGCAUACUGUUAUCUAUCUCAACAACUUGUCGUAAAGUAAAUUAUUGUUUUAUUUAACUUGAUACCUGUAGUGUUCAUAAUACGUACUUCUUAAAAAGACACAACAUAAACAAUUAAGUUGGGACAGUUCUGGGAAAUAUAUUUCUAAAUUGUAAACAGCAGCAAAAGCAGAGAGUUUAUUUUUGACCGGGAACACGCAUUCCAAAGGACAUCACUCUGAAUCCAUUGAAGCCAGAAGCAGCAACAUUUUCUUUCGUAAUGUCCACCAACCUGAACUAUGAACUUUGCGGAUCAGUGGUGUGAAUGUGACCACUAGGUGUCCUUAGAGCUCCAUUAGCUCUCCAACACUGCUAAUCAGUCCUCAAUGAAUUUACCACCUGCCCUGUAGGUAGCAAUUUACCAGUUGAGGCGGAUAUGUGUGUGUCUGCGGUCAUUUUGUAUUUCCUGCCAGUGUAGCCUUUUUUGAACACGUGAGGCAACAGCCAGCUUGAGGCAGCAAAAGUGAAAAGCUCUCCCCAAACAAGCUCCUCUAAUGCAUGUACUUAACUUCACUUAAUUUGUGUUAAUUCCCAGCAUUAAGCGGGGCUAAUGACUGUGCAAGUGAGUGCACUGUCAUUACCUUGCUCUGCCUGACAACGAAUGGCAGCUGAUGAACUCACAUAAAAAAACCACUCUAAUGCACAGAUUUGGGGGCUCAGUGAGAGCUCUCUAAUGCAUUAGGUAUUGCAAAGGAUAAUUACACUUUUUAUAUUUGUGUACGUUAUCUGCAGUAUGGAUGUGCUAGAAGUAUAACUGUCUUUAUUGCAUUUGUUUUCCUGUGUGUAGUGUAAACUUCUUGUUAGCAUACUACUUCAUACAGUAUCUAUCUCUUUGCAUAUCUGUCAGUAUUUUUCACAUUAAAAUGAAAUCAGCAUAAA